AUGUCAGACUUUCUGGCGUACCUGACUUCUGCGCCCUCUCGCCCCCACGGGUCCGCCAAUAUCACCGACAAAUGCUACGACCACCAACUCCGUGAUCUGAUUGCAUACCUAAAGCAACCUGGCGUAGCCCCGAGCACUGCGGACAUCAACGGGUACCUAGAAGCCAUCAGCCCUGCCGUACACAGUCUGUCAUAUCUCUACUUACUGCGCAUCCGAAUACAACAACUCCAGGAGAAAACAGCUGUUGGUGUGCCAAACGAUUUACAGCCUGGAGGUACCCUAUGGAAUCAAACUGUUAAGUUCUUGCGAUCGUUUGAUCCAAUUCAGAUUAGAUACGUUGGCCAUGAAUGGCGAGAACUUGUUGACUCGGUGGCCAACGCCGCGCUAUCUGUUUCCAAGCCAAUAUUGGCAGUCAAAAUGAUCAGGGACGCUCUAGAACGUCUCAACACCGCCGGAGUAUUUACAUCACUCCAUUUAAUGCUAGUCAAACUUGCGCUGCUCUCAUCCUCAUAUACAUAUGUACUUCCAGUCCUGGACAAGCUCCUAUGCCACUUCCCCUCGGACACCCAGAACGCACAUGCGGGGAUACUGCUUUGCUCGGAGCAUGAACCUAGCACCGUAUUUUUUACAGAUUCGUCUGGGUUUUCGGCAAACCUAACAUACCGGGACCACCUCCAAUUCUAUAUGUACAGCGGGAUGGUUUAUAUGGCUCUCAAGAAGUGGGACCAGGCGUCUCAUUGCCUGGGGAUUGUUAUAUCGGCCCCAACCGCUAACUCGGUCAGCAAAAUUAUGGUGGAAGCAUACAAGAAGUGGGUUUUGGCGAAUCUGCUUGGGCACGGGAAGCUAUUUUCCGUCCCAAAUUUGGUCGCUCCUCAUGUUACCCGGGUAUACCAGUCAUUGUCGAAGCCAUACAUCUCGCUGGCCGAGGCGUUCGAGAAACGUGACUUCCAAAGACUGAGAACCGAAAUUAGUCUAGGGCAAACAAUUUGGCGGGCCGAUAAAAACUCUGGACUUGUUUACCAGGUCUUUGAAGCAUACGACAAGUUCUUAAUCAUAAAGUUAGGGAAAACAUUUUCUGCUCUCACAAUGCCCGAUGUACUGCAACGGGCUUCGUCUUGCUCGAAGGGUUCCCGUGAUAUCGAAGAAUUCGUUGUCUCGCUUGUGAUGACGAAAGAACUGAGGGCCAAAUUAUCUCAUUCUCCGGGCAACGAAACCACUACAAUGUUGCGUUUCCCGCUGAGCUCUCAGAGCCAUGCACUUCGGGAAGAGCAUAUACGGUUUAGGUUGAUACAGAAAGAGGCUGCACUAAAUACAAUUUCCCGAGCAAUAACCCAGACGAAAAUUACGCUAGAGACUUCUCAUGAAAACCUUCAAGUCAUAGCGAAAAACCAGAAGUUGGCUGGUAGCUCCGAAAGAUCUGGCGUUGUGGGUUCUACUGAGGCAGACGGUGGCGGUGACUUAGAUGAAGAUCUCAUGGGGGAUGGCCGAUAG